AUGAGCAAAACUGAUUCCAACAGCCCUGACUCUCCCAUUUCCUCGUCGGAGUACGCUGAGAAGAAUAAAACGGCAAGACUAAGGUUAUCGUUGGUAUGCCGUCAUUGCAGAAGACGCAAGAUAAAAUGCGAUCGGAAACAGCCGACCUGUGGCAAUUGUGCAAAAUUGCAUAUUGACUGUAUUUAUGAUCAUAAGGACCAACUCGAACGUAAAAAAAUGGUCUCCAAACCAUCAACACUGCAUGAACAACUCAACGAGCUGGAAAACAAGUUUGACGAACUUCGUAGCACGUUGAAGGCUGGAGAACUUGAAAACUGGAAUGAUGAUAGAAACUUAAGGAAACACCCAGUCAAAGUGAACUUUUAUGAAGGCCUACUGCCUAACUGUCCAGAUACGGUUUUCAAAUCUGACUAUAAACCAUUUUCGGACAUGGGCAUGAUUCAGAGGAAUGCACGGCUGAAUCCAUUUUUGAAGUUUGUUACGCGAUCUUUCCAACCCCUCAACUACGCUGUGAAAAAAAUUCUGCAAUCUGUGGGGGACAUCAUAGAACCACACUCCGAUGAGCUAGAAUCUGUGGCCAAAAUUUUGUUUCUCACACCUGAAGUUCGAGAAAUAUUGAAAAAGCACACGAUGAACCCAGCGGAUCUCAAUGCUGAGACGUCGGAAGCUAUCAAACGCUGUCUUCUCGAAAAAGGAAAGGCAACCUUAGAAACUGCAUUGUCAGAACCAUUUGACCUGGAAUUUUACGUUUCCAAGACAACACGGGAUGAACUUGUCCAGCUCGUUGUAGCGGUACUACCAAGUAAAAGCAACAUCGAACAACUUGUUGCUUAUUUUAUGGCAGAAGUGUAUCCUUUGGUACCCUACAUCAAUAAAACCCAACUGCUUGAGUCUGUUGCAGAAACCAUUCGAUAUUCCAAUACAGGGAAAGUAAUUGGUCUCAACAUUGGCGAUCACCAAGAUUUUUCUCGUAAGAUAGGUCGCAUUGCAAUAUUUUUGGUUUUAUUGCGUAUUUCCUACACAGCAAUGACACUGGUAAAGAUACCUUUUCAAGGAGAAAUAUCGAAUCAAUUUCUUGUGUUGGCACAAAAAUGUCUGGCUUAUCUGAUCGCGCUUUCUCAUAAAACCAAUGAAGACAUAUUAUCCUGUUUGAUUGUUAUGAGGUGGUCUUUGCUAUAUUUCCCCAUGGAUGGUGAUAUAAUGACUGGCUCUAUCACAGACAUGCUAGCAACUUUGAUUAUGAACCAUUCGUUUAAGAUCGGUUUAUAUCGGGAUUGCAUAGAUUCAGAUGCCGACCGCAAUAGGGACCUGCCCAGAAGAAUGCUUUUUCACUAUAGAACUAAGCUUUGGCUUGGAGCACUAAUUUUAUCCAGAUCUGACAUGUAUCUGAGAGGCAAUUUUCCCGCUGUGGGUACGGAAUAUGCGAAUAUGAUCCGGGCGCUUGAAAAUCCUGAAAAUUAUGAGGACGAUACUGAGUUUCAAAUCCACAAGAUUCUGCACAAGCAAUUGGAAGUUUACAGCAAAGCUAGUGUGCUUGAUAAGCUGUCUACUCAAUUGCGUGAAGGUGUCGAUGUUGACGAGAUCUACUCCAAAAUGCGACACUUAGAGUAUGAGCUGCAGUUCAGGGUUCCGCUUCCUAAAGCCCAAAACGGUGGACAACACAUUUCGGUCAACACCGUGUUACAAAGUAUGAAUAAUGCGCUACACUUUAAGAUCAAUCUUAUUAUUCGGAUCUAUUUUCUUGCGAUUCGCGCGUCCAUUGUCAGCGACUUAGAAAUGCAGAUCGUCAAGAAAUUGGGACAAUACGACCACUUGCGCUUACGCUAUAGAGAGGUUACCGCAGAGUGUUUUGAAGCUGCAUUGCAUUUGGGAAGAAUGCUACAGGACUACAUGGAGUCUGCCGGUGACGAGGAGAAAAAAAUAGUAUUUCGGGAUCACCGCUAUAUUUUGGAUCAGCUAGUUCAGAUUGGGAUUUUCCGAGUCUCAUAUUACCUGAUAGGAGUUAUUCUGACCGUGUUACGUGUGAAAGAGGGACUAUACGACUUUAGAUGGAACAAUGAGAACAAACAAAUCUUGGGGGCCGAAGUCGAUUACAAAGUUUCGGUGAUAGAUUCAAUCGCCGCUUCUAUCUUUCAAUACGUGCAAAAACUAGUCCAUCUGGGGUCACAUACCCUGUCAGACACAUAUUUUACGUCUUUCAAGCAAUUUCUUUUCCUGGAAUAUUCGAUGCAGGUCAUACAAAAUGAAGUGAACCCAAACAAACCUAGUCGACUAAAAGAGGCUCUUGGUGAGACGCACGUUCCAGCACCCAUCGAUUACUCGCCUGAGGACUGGAUUAAAUUUUCAGACUACGUGAAUAAAGCGCUUGGCCGGGAUCUAUCUAUACCAAGAUUUCCCUCCGCAGAAGAGCUGCUCGCAACAUCAACUGUUCCAGACGGAAGCUCAGAAGAGUUCUUGAAUCCAAUGGACCUUCUCGGCGAUGAUAUCAACAUACAGAAUCUUCUAUAUGGUGAUUACACAUGGGCGGAUUUUACGUAA